AUGACUAUCAAGGAAGACAAAGUCCUUUUUGUCAUUGCCAGUACCAACCAAGCAUUGGAUAGCUUGACCCAACCGAAUGAGCAGAGGCGAUUCGAGCAGCAUCGAAUGAUCAGUGAAGCAGUUGCUUCCAUAGGGUCUUAUGAAAUUUCAUGGCUCAAUAGAAAUGGUCAGGAAGUUAGUACUGAAGAAGUGCAAGCACAUAAUCUCAUCAGUGGUGCUAUUGUUAUUGGCAAUCUACCACUUGUCCAGUCGUUGAUGGGGAAGAUAUCUGUGAAUGCCAGUGUCAACAGAGAAAAUCCCUACUUUGGCAGACCUCUACAUACUGCUGCGGUGUGGGGCCGGAUUGAAAUCGUUCAAUAUCUCCUAGACCACGGUGCUGAUCCCAACCAGUUCACUGGAGCGCAAGGAGAAGAUAAUGAUGAUGAUUGGGAACAUGCACACCUGCACUCCCGACAUGAGUACCGAAGUCCAAAGGGCAGUGCUUUGCGAGCUGCAGCACUAGGAGGCCAUGAGAAAAUCGUCCGUUUUCUCCUGAAACCUAGGUGUGGAUUGUCUCUUCCAAGAGCUGAGUACCUUCAAACCAUGCUAGCUGCAGUCCGUGGAGGGCACUUGAGCAUCAUUGAAAUUAUCCUUCAAAGCAUGGAAACAUCAGUCCAUGAAUUAGGCACGUUUCGGGACCAAAUGCUCUGGGAGGCUGUUCGGCAUGACCAAGAAGCAGUGGUGCAAAUGCUUCUGGUCCAUGGCACUGAUGUGAACACACUGCCAUAUGCCAAUGGAAGGGACCAUGGAUGUGCUAUCAAGAUCGCUGCAUCACAGGGCUAUCAUCACUUGGUCCGCACCCUUUUAGACCAUGGAGCAGAUUUGGAUUGUGAAUCUCAGACUCCCAUCAUUGCUGGGGCACAAGGUGGACAUGAAGAAAUAGUGCAGCUUCUGCUUGAGUAUGGUAAAAGCAUGGAAGAAGCAUUCAUCAGUGCUGUAGAUGGAGGACAAGUCCAUUUGCUGAAAUAUCUCCUUGAAAAAGGUGUGGAUGUCCAGGCAAAAGGUCAAUCAAGCCAAACCUGUGACGGUCCCGUUCAGUAUAAAAUAUAUUGGUAG